AUGUCGCCAAGCACAUUGCACCUGGCAACGCAGCACCACACACAUCAUCACAAGCAUGACAGCCCCGUAUUCGACCUGGCCAUGCCCCCAGCCGAAGCAAUCAAACUAUUAGCAGCCUACCUUACUCAAAUCUGCGCAGACCAUAAGGCCCCUCCGACAGCGACUGUCACCAGAUUCCAUACAAGAUCUAUACCAAACAUUGAUAUAUACGGCUACCUAGUCAGAAUCCUAAAGUAUGCACCAUGUGGAACAGACUGCUUCCUCGCCGUCCUCAUAUACUUAAACCGAAUGGCACAUCCAGAUGCUAAAGGCUUAGGGCCGCCGAUACCACGCGAUAUUGCUAAAUCCUAUAAGCACCCUGAAGAUGUGCCUAGCAGGACACGGCUACCUCUCGCCAUAACUAAUCAUAGCAUACAUCGCUUGUUGAUUUCUUCCACUAUGGUCGCAGUCAAGUUUUUGUCGGAUGUGUUUUUUACUAAUGUGCAUAUAUCCAGGGUUGGAGGAUUACCAGUAAACGAACUAAACGCCCUCGAAGUCGAAAUCCUAAUGCUUAACGGCUUCAACCUCUCCGUAACAACCGAAGAAUUGCAAGAAUGUGGAAACCUCCUUCUCAGACAUAGCAUGAAGGCAAUCGCACUAGACGAAGCUCUCAAGAGUAAAUUGUUCAUAUCUAGAUCACCGCCUACACACCAUUCAUCCGAUUCUACGAAAAUUGUAAUGAAUCACCAUGCUCAGGAACAUGAAAAUGACGGAGAUGAAACACCGCCUGGUGAAUGGGAUGAAGACGAUGAGCUUGAAGAGUCGGCUAGAAGUGAUGCUGGUGAAGAAUAUGAGGACGGAGGGGAGGAGGAAGACGAGGAUGAUGGGAGAGUUAAUGUCGAUGAAGCUAAGCGGGAUGCUAGCCAUGAUUCUGCAAGUAGUGGAGAUAGUACGAGCAGUAGUAGUAAGGCUAGUAGUACUGCCAGUGUGCCGAACUCGUAG